GGACCAAAGGGCGAAACCAGAGGAGGGGGAAUAGGGCAAACGAGCUUAUCGGUUUCCUACUCCUUCUUCCACAUACCAAGCCACUGCGCUCCCGCUCACUCGCUUCACCAUGGUGUUACCUUCGGCCGUGAUCCACGUCGUCGCUGCGAUUGACCUCAUCAGCACGACGGUGCUCUCUCUGCAGCUCGAUCCUAUUCCUGUGGUGCACAAGCCGCAUCCGUCUGACAGCAGCCUCUUCAAGUCGCUCCACCAAAAGGUCAAGGCGGGCCCCCUCUCGACGUCUGCCUCGAGGCCCAGCGCCCAUCGGCUGCUCCUGUUCGUCUACCUCGUCUGCGUGGCACGCUGUUUGACGCUCUUCAUCGUUGGCUUCGGCGUGUCAAAGUCGCAGCGCAGGAACCACGCGCCCUCCACUAGCGCCACCACCAAUGGUCAGACAGAGCCCAGCAGCAGCAGCGGCGGCGGAGGAGGAGCCAUUCGGAGCCAGACGCAGUCGGGGCCGCUCAGCGUCGCGGGCGUCUGCUUCUUCUCUUUUGCCGCCAACACGUUUGUUCUCAACCUCCUCUUCCAGGCUCGUCCGGCCCAUGUCGCCUUCAUUGGCACUGGCCUGACCAUUUCGGGCCUCGUUGGCGGACAGGUGGUGCUGAGCCUGCUCGAAUGGGUCCUGUUCGUUCUGGUCGUCGGUGCCGAUCGCAAUGGGAACGUGAGCGGCGCCUCGUCGAGUGGCUCCGUUGUCGAUGCCCCCUCGCAGGACCAGCCCACCGUCGAUGGCGCAUACGAGAUCAACGAUGCCAACCUCGUCACGGACGUUCGCCAAACCAGCAAGAGCGGCGCCUCGACGUCGGCAGCCCAGAACAUAAUCAACGAUGCGACGCAGGCCUCCUCGGACCUCAAGGGCAAGGCGCAAGAGGGCACAAAGCAGACCGAUUACGGUACCUUUGGAACGACGAACCCCGUGACGGGCACCUCGACGUCGAUUGCGCUCGCGCAGAACGACAAGGCAGCCACGGUGGAGCCCACGUCUCUGGCGGCGGUGUCGACGACGACGGCCAAGUCUUCAUCCGACUUCCAGGCUUCCAAGGCGUCCACGUCGGUCAACCAGUCGUCGGCCGAGCCGACGCUCGUCGGCGCAGACGAGCGCGCCAAGGCAAAGGCCCAGGCAGACACCGAGUCGAGCCAGGACAUUGUCGACAUCCCCGAGGACCGCGACGCGUCCAAGCUCGAAGCUCGCCAGCGGCUCGACAACGCCCGCCAAAAGGGAAAGGUCAAGCGGUCGGCGAUGACGAGUAGAGACGGACCGAGCUUUUCUUGUUGCUACCUUUAUCGUUUACGUGCUUGUGGUUGCUUGCUGACCGUAUACCACUGCUACCAUCACUUACCACUGCUACUGCUUCUUUCUGUGAUCCCCUGCUGCCGUUAUGAAGUAUAGUCGGGUGCUUUCUUACUAAUAAAUUGAAGAUGCAACGUCGUUGACAUUGACUUGGGACACAUAGUACAGAGGAUGUGGCAGUUUUGGGAAAA